AUGGACCAGGUCAGUGAAGAACCCCGACGGAGCAGCGUGCAACGCCGCCCGCCGUCGGAGCAGUUGGUCGACCUGCACGUAUACUUUGUGCCCGAAGAACGCUGGCUCCGGAAGCGGAAGUUGGCACGAAACCACGUGGUGGACUACGCUAUUUCUGCCGGCUUCAUCAGGAUCGUGCCCACGUCAAGGUUGGUAGAAGUCCGCCAGGAAAUCGGAGUCCAGUUGGGUCACGAGGUCGUGCCCGACAAUUACGUCUUCCUCAAGAGCGUCGGCAGGAAUUUCACGCAGGUGAAAGCCUCGCAAGAGAUGGAACUCAAGGCCAAAAACUUCAUGCCACCUUACGCGAACGAGCCGGAGAUCUACCUCAAGGCCGGGCGCUUCUCCGACCACAGCUGGUCUCAGGGAGACGACGGCAUCCCGGAGAAGAAUUUUCUCGAAGCCCAUCGCACCCACGAAGUCAUCGAAAGAAAGAUCGUAGGGCUUUCAUCUCCGCUGUCCAGCCCAGAACCCUUCCUGCCUCACGUCGACGCGACGCGAUUCGUGCUGACGAGGCCCUCUAAAGUUCGCCGGUCUUCCGUUUCUUCCGGGACCGGUCGGCGGCACCAGUUGAACGGCGAGCCAGUUCAGGGACACCAGGUGUCUUCCACGACAACGACCACAACCCGGAAAUCGACGACCACCAUCGAAGAACACAGCACCAGCAACACAGUCCACUUACUAAGACUGUCGUCAGCCUCACUAUCGGGAUCGACUUCAGCGUGUCCUGCUGAGGACGUUCCAGACCAGGGGGUCAUCCGGACACACGCCGACCGGACAUCGUCUGAGGCUGAAGCUGACGAAGUAGCCGAUGCACCGCCUCCGACCACAGCACGAAGAAGGAGUUCUGUCGCUGUUCCAGAAGGUUCCGUCGGCUCCGGCUAUCAUCGAAGACUGAGCCGGGCCUCUGGCGCUGGGGACACAGCUGGAACAGAAGCUGAAGCUGACGACAAGCUAGGCCCGUCCUCCGCCCCAAGGGGGGCUCAGCGACGGCUGAGUCUUGCGGAGGCUCGUCGGAAAAGCAUUGCUGAGCGCGGUGACCUGCUGGCCGUGCCGACGCCACAGCAGUUGAGAAAGCUGAGCUUUGCUGAAUCUGUACGAGACGGCAGGGAUACGCCUGAUAUAAGACUCAAAGAGCAACCGGAGAGUGGGGGUCCGCAGGAUAUCGAAGGGGAGAGCGCACAAGCGAAGAGACGCAGUCGCGACGAAUCGGCAUCGAGCCGAACGACCAAUCGCGACGCCGGAUCCGAAGACAAAGCGGAAGUCGAACCUGACGUUACUGAACCAGAAGUCGAACCACUAGUCGAACCGGAAGUAGAGAGGGAGACGCAGGAAUCCGCGAAUCAAGACGAACGGCUAGAAGAUUCGAACAAAGUCGAAGUCGGAGCCGAAAACCAGGAAAGCGCGUUACUUUCUGGCGUUAUUGAUAGCGGAGAUGCCGACGGUGAACCUGGGCUAGAGCCCGGUGACAAACUCGCGUCUGAACCAGAAAACAAGGUAGCCGACGAAAGUGGAGUCGCGUCGGUAGGUAACGAAGUCGCGAACGCCGCCACCGGGUACGACCGGAAGUCAAAGAAGAAAGGUGACAAAGGUACCAGAAGAAGUAAGUAUCAGGGCGGAACGCGGGUAUCUGGUGCUAAAGCCGGCCAGGGCGACACAACGAGCUUGGCCGGCAUGAGCCGCAGGGCUACGGGCCGCGGUGGCAAGGACGUGGUUAUCGAGAAGGCCAAGGUCCGUCUUUUACCAGGACGACCCUCUGGUCAAGACUCUGCUGCGGUCAGGACUGAGGUAGACGAGAUCAAGGAGUAUGUCCGAGGCGACCGCGGCCACAAGAGACACCUAGAUUCUUCUCGAAGAAGUGUUGGAGUCGUGGACACUGCGAAGAGGGUGACUGAGAGCUAUCGGAAGAGCGACACGGCUAAGAGGCUGUCGAAGAACGAAAAACUUGAGGUGGAAGUGUUUGUGACAGAGCUUGGUGAUUCGGGUACUCAAACGCUUGAUCCUGGUAGUGAUGGGGCCCUUCUGAAAGGACAUGGGUCGUCGAAGGGCGACGGUGGUGGUGCUAGUCAAAAGUCUAGAGGUCAACAUUCGGUGGGAAACACGAAGGGUGGUGUUGGGUUAACUGAGAGAGAGGGCGCUUCUAUUCCUAGUGUUCAGCGAUUGGUUGCGGCCACAGGGAGUGUUGUAGCGGAUGGGCUUUCUGAGACAGCCCCUGGAACAGAAAGCGGUAAUGUUGAAGGCGGCGGUUCAAAUAACCACAUCGAUAGAGAAGAUGCAGGGGAGGGGAAUAUUGAAGUAGAGGCUGCAGAUGAGGGUCAGGACGUCAAGCAGAGCAGUCUGGAGACCACUACUGGAGAGAGCGCUGCUGGAAAUCUUUCGGCUGAUGACGAACGCUCUGAAGAUGAAGCUGUGAGGUCGCACAGUGCGUCACAAGCCCUGGGUGAUUCGGCAAAGCCUGUUAAGGAUAACGAAAAUAAUUCCGGGGAAGCUAACGUUUUCAAAGAAAGUGAAAUAGAAUCUUCAGUAGCGGAGCUGCAAGGUUCAUCGGGAUUUCCAGAAGCUGCUGGUCGUACUCUUGAGAAAAGCGAGAGUAGAUCCGAAGAUGACAUAAUGCUGAACGAAGAUGAGAAUGAUCCUGCUGCAGUGGGUAUUGGAGAAACAGGUCCUGACGCCGAAAACGAUGAAGCACCAGGAGACGAGCCUACUGGUUUAGUUGAGGAGCAGCCUGCGAUGUUGGAUGCCGAAGAUGGACAUGAGGCGACACAUAAAAAUGUUACUACCGUUUUGGAUGAUGUUGAUGAUCAAAGUGCCGUUCAGAAGAAUGAUGCUGAGAAUUCACACGAAAAUAAAACCAGUGAAGUACAAGGUGGAUCUGCCGAAGACCAAAUUCAAGUAACAGAUGCAGAACUCAAACAACACGACGAUAUGACAACGCCCAAUUUAGAAGAUUCUGACGGCCAGGAGAAAAAUCGGGUUGGAACCCCUGCUGAGGAAGACAUAACUCAUCAAAAUGUUCAGAAAGCAGAAGAUUCUCAAUUCACAAGCGACGGAAUAGUAGUAAUGGAUACAAAUAUCAUAGAUAACGAAGAUGAAGGCAAGGAAGAACUAGAGAGAGGCAUUUCUUCAGAUGAUAAGCUAGACCCUCAUAAUGAAGAGUCUUCUUCUAAAGAUAAAAAUGAUUUGGAAAGUUCAGUCAAUGCAGAGGAGCCACGAAAUCUCGGCAGUAACGCUGACGAAACACCAUCUCUAAACGAUUCAAUCGCUCCUACCCAGAAUUUUACUGAACAACUCGAUCCUACAAGCGGUUCACCAACACAUGUCGACGUGAGAAAUUUUACAGAUACAAUAACAGAUGAACAGGUAUCUCAACCAGAAGCAGUAGUUUCUGAUGAUUUACACUCCGAAACAUCUCCAAAAGAAGAUGUAGAGAAGGGCGUCUUUUGCGACGACAGAAUUUCUUUUGGCACUGACGACGCGGAAACCAAUAAUGCUGCUGCUGAUCAGAUUGAGCUUGCUUCCAGCGAUGGUGACCAAGAGGAUAAAAAUUUGAGAACAGGAAAUCACAAUGACGAGGAUACAAACAUAGUUGCUUCUGAAGGCGAGGCAGCUCAAAACAAAAAUACAAAAGACUUGGCAGGAACAAAUGUAGGCAUAGGAGGCGAGCAAGUGGAAACUGACGCGGACACGACAGGCGCCGAAGACUCUUUGGUUACUGAAGAGAAUAAGUUAGCUAAGUCAUUCUCUCAGGACCAGGAGCCUUCAUAUCUGGCUAAUAUGAUAGCUUCGACAGAACAUUCGACUGAUAGCGGUGCUGAUGAAUCGCCUGAAAUUGUGGAUGUGGCCAAAGAAGGCGGCAGCCAGACUUUAGCUGAUGGUGGGAAUAUCACGACUCUUGGCGAAAGCCAAGUGACUGCUGAUGAUAUUUCUGCAGAACAUUUAGAAGAACGUGUUGCUGAAGAGCUUGUUAUGCCUCAAGACAAGAAUAUGUUAUAUAAAGUGAAUGAGAGAACUUCUAAAAACCCUGACCGCCUUGCAGUAGAUGAUGGUGAAAACACAGAGUCUGGAGAGGACAGUGUGCCAAAUAACAAUGAAAAUAAUGGGAAUGAGGAUGUUCUAAUCCCGGAUGAGCUUAAACCUCAAACUGAGGAAAAAAAUGCAGUGAAUCUCCCAAAUAAUGAACAAUGCAAUGAUCUUGAAGCUCUUUCGCCUUCAUUAGAAAACUCAGCUACAAACGAUCAACCAGACAAUAGUGACAAAGGGGAAGUCGUUGCGCAAAGUGAACAUACUGACAGCGACAUUCUGUUGAAGGAUCAGGAUGAUUCCAGUGGAAACCCGACUUCAGACCCUGCCAGCAAUAUUGAGAACACAGAGGCGCAACCUGAAGGGGAUGAAGCCACUGCUGUGAUCGGAGAAGGUAGUAGCGGCAUCGAUAAUGUUGAAGACAACCAUGGGAGUAUAACCAGACCUGCCUCUGCCAAGAGUGCUGCACAAGAUGACAUUGACAGAAAUGAAGUAUCUGUUUCAAUAAAAGAAGGUGACCCUGACGGUGUUAACUUUUUGAGUGAUGAAGAUCCCCGCCUUUUGUCCGCGAAACCUGAUGCAGACGGGACUACAGACUUGGAAGCACAUAAAGCUGAAGAUGGCUUGUACGACCCUGAACAAGGCAUAAAAGAAAGCCAGGAAUCGCAUGAAGAAGCGUUUGCCAACACAAACCUCACCGGCUUACCUAGUGGACAGGAGCCCUCCACUACAGAAGAAGCUUCUCGAACCGAAGAGGAUAGCGCAUACGUCGACGGCACCAGCACAACCACACCGUCACCAGCGGUCAGUCGGGCUGAUGUUAUUUCACCCAAGGACAUCCACGAAAGCGAAACUGCUGAUGAAGGCAUCUCCGUCGACGAGAUGCCGCCUACCCGAGACUCCAAUCGUGACGAGGAAGAGGCAUCCACCGAUGCUGCUUCAAGCAGCGGACGAGGCAGUCGUGGCACGGUGUCCGAAGUGCCCUUAGUCAUUCACAAGCCCCAGAUUCGAACCCAAAAGAACGACGCGACGGCAAAGUACAAGGGUUCGAUCUGA